CCUCAUGGCACUAAAACAAGCCAAAACCUCCUAGCUCUACUAUUCUACUACUUUCAUAUAGCGUUCUACCCAACGACAUUUCCUGUGUUGUUGUGUCUUUGCUAUAGCAGCUAAGGCCACCUCCAACACAAUGCAAGACCAGCAAACAUCCAAGUCUGUGCUCAGUUACUGCCAUAAAUUCUGUGUCUAGUGACUGCACUUAUGACCAAUGUUUGUAUCGGAAGAUUGGAAUGGCAGUCUUGGUAGUGCUGACUUAGCUUCAGCUAACGAUGUGGGAACGGAAGUUUCAAGUUUCCAAGACAGCAACAUAUUUUGCCUGGAACGUGUUCAGCUUCAAUUCCCCGUAGCCUUACGGCAUAUGGAUGUUGAAAAGAACAUACUGGUUAUGGCAUUAACAUGUGACAAACUGUUGUUAAUUGACUUGGACCGGCCAGAGGAGAUUACGGAUAUCGACAUUCCUAAGAAGAUACUGGCAUUUGGAACCACGCACAAAGUGUUUACAAGUAAUACAACUCACAUUAUGUUCGUGUCUACUACUUUUGGAGACAAUUGCCUUGUUUUUCCAAAUCAUCAAGUGCGUAUUCUAGCCAAAUUGAAAGGAAUGACUUUUGAGUCGGCAUUGUUCCUGGAGUCUUCAGCCUCUACAUUCGAAUUGUUACUUUUAGCGACUAACGGACAAAUUUCGUUGCUCCAAGUGAACGUUUCUGACGCCCAAUUAAAGCACAUCGAGCGAUCCUUUACUAUUUUGCAGCAGCUUGAUGGUUCUGAGAAGCCAUUACUGCUUCAGCUGUAUAAGCAAACUUUAUUCAUAUUCACUAGUCGACACAUUUAUCGACUUAAUUCGGAGAAUUCAGAUUCCUUGGCUUCAUUUUUCUCCACGGAUGUAAAUGAUAGGAAGCCAUUUUUUACCGUCCAACGCGGAGAAGAAUUCAGAGAGAUACGCUUCUCACCGUUUCCCGAAGCAGCUUACGAGAAGCUGUAUGUUUGUAUAUUGACUAAUAAACGCAUAAUGAAAGCUUCAAUAGACGAUCUCUUAACGGAAACUUUCUCGUUCUCUGCCGUACUAGAACUGCCUACCGAUAGUGAGAAACCAGUUCAGCGUUCCGUCCUUAUAUCUUCCUUUCACAUCAUUUAUUUAGAAGGCGAUGUACUUUUUGCAUUCAAUAUUCUGAACAAUCAACUGGUUUUCAAGCAAACUGUUCCAUUACUGCAAAGAGAACGCAUCCUAGGUUUGACGGAAGACCGUGAACAACGCACGUUUUGGAUUUAUACGACGGAAGGUAUUCACGAAAUUACUAUUACAAACGAGGCCCGAGACGUUGCCCGGAUCCUUUUUGAGCAAAAGGACUACGAACGUGCACUGACUGCUGCUGCUGAAUCUUCGCCCAUGAGAAACCUAAUUCUCAUUGAAUAUGGCGAAGAAAUGAUGAAGCGUGGAGAGUGUGAAAGAGCAGCAAUGCUGUACGCUGAUAGUUCAAAGUCGGUUGAACAAGUUGCAGUUGAGCUUUUGGAUCACGAACAAUAUGACGCUCUUCGAAAGUAUCUCUGGAAGAAACUGCGCAUGACGAAAAAAGCAAUGUCCGUAAAGCGGACCUUGCUCGUCAAUUGGAUUUUAGAGCUAAUCCUUAGCCGGUUUAACAAGCUUGACGAUGAAAAACAGCUAACCGAUGACGUUUCUGUCUUCCGAGAAAAAGAAAAACAACUAGAUGUCGAGUUUGCAAAGUUACUCCGCGAAUACAAAGACGAUUUGGAUAAGGGUGCAGCAUACUCGAUUACCGUGAAUUACGGUCGCGAAGAACAGCUUCUUCAACUGGCCACAGUAAUGGACGAUCGAUCAUACAUCAUGUCGUACUGGAUCCAGCGAGAGAAUUAUGAGAAGGCUCUACAAACACUACAAGACGGCGUGGAUGAAGAAACGCUUGUUCAUCAUGCCAACGCCUUGCUCACCAAUCGUCCAUCCGAAACCGUGGGCAUUUGGAAACAACAACCGAACCUCAACGUUCACGCCCUCAUUCCAGCUCUUUUGAGUUACAACCAGAAAGCCGGUGUGCCUGUGGAAGCGAAUGCUGCUAUUCAUUAUCUUCACUAUGUCAUUGAUGUACUGGGCUGCAGCGAUCCCACUGUUCACAAUACUCUCUUCUGCAUGUAUGCAUACCAAUCGCGAGGUAACGAAGAGUACUUGCUCAAGUAUAUCGAGAAACAAGGAAACAACCCACUCUACGAUAUGGAUUUAGGAUUACGGUUGUGCUUGCAGUACGAGUGCAAGAAAAGCGCUAUAAAGAUUCUUGUUCUCCUACAGCUUUACAGCCAGGCCGUGGAUAUGGCUCUCGAAGAGCAAGAUUCGGACACCGCUAUGAACAUUGCUAGUAUUCCAAGCGACGACAAGUUUCUUCAGAAGCGGUUGUGGAGAAAGAUCGCGCAGCAGCUACUAGCCGGGCACGCGGACGUCAAAACUGCCGUACGCACGCUCAGUCAAUCGAAUGUGCUUUCGCUUUCCGAGAUUUUGAACAUGCUUCCGACAGAUGUUGACAUGGAUGACAUUCGUGAACAUGUUUGUGCAGAGCUCAACAACUAUCGCUCAGCGAUGGAAGCAUCCACACGGGACAUGGAGGAGUCUGACCGUAUUACGAAGGCUCUUUCACGCUCGUUUGACGAACGGAAGAAGGAGGUUGUUCAGCUGGAUGCAACCCAGGGUUGUUUGCAUUGUAAUGAACUGCUCAUCUUGAAACCCUUCGUCGUAUUCCCCUGCAAACAUGCAUUCCAUCACGCAUGCAUGAUCGCUCACGCACCCAGUACCCAUGUUACCGACGAGUCUGUUCUUGAUGAAUGUCAAGUGUGUGGACCUAACGCUACAUAUAAACUCAUCGACGAGCCUUUUCACGACGACUUUUAAUUUCACCUCAACUACGGCGACACGAAAAUUUAUGAAGUUCCUGCGGUAAUAGAUAGCCGUUAAUACUAGACAAACUCUUCAAGACUUCUGUAAUUCUGUUUUCACGAUUUC